CAAAUUAGAAUCCUAAACAGCGAGGUAACAUGUCUAACAACAGCAGCUCUCAAACUGGCUGGAAGGACGGAAAAUACAUAAUCCAAGAAGUUCAUUACAUCGUCUUGGCAGCCCUUAUCGUGCUUGUCAACCUGUUCGUUAUCACAACAGUUUGGCGAAAGAGAAUUCUUCAUAAAUGGCAGAAUUAUCUGCUCGUGAGUUUGGCGUGUUCUGAUUUGAGUACGGGCUUGUUUGGAUUGCCACUUUCCCUGCUGUGUACGUUGGCAAAGUCAGAGAGCACCGGUUGUAUUUUGUGCUCAGUCGCCUAUAUCUUCACCAAAUUUAUUUCAAUAUCAACUAUCCUUCAUCUAUUAACGGUAACGUACGAGAGGUUUAUGUACAUUGUCUAUCCAUUCCACCACGAACGACUAAGCACGACGCAAGUGCGCUUCAAGUUGCUCUUGGCUGCCAUAUGGCUUAUCAGUUUUGCUGUCGCUUUCGUGCCAUUCACAUGGAUAAAACUCGAGGAGUGUCUGAACAGAGACAAUGCAGAACAAUGGCUGUUAUACACGUUGAUAACGCUAGUUAUAUUCUUUGUAAUUCCAAUGUUCCUCUUCAUUUUUGCAUUCGUCUCAAUGUACACAGUCGCUCGACUUCAUAUGCGCCGGCAGCAGCAAUUGAUGCAACAAUUAAGACGACGGUCAGACACAAAAUCAAAAGGCACCUACCACAAGGAGGCGAGAGUGGCCGUCAUUUUUGUGAUCAUGUGGGCAACAUUUGUCAUAUGCUGGGCGCCGUAUUUUGUAGUAAACGUGUUAGAGGAACUUGAAGUGCAAGUGGAAAUAUCUGAUAGGCUAUUCGACGCUACAAACGUGUUGAGAUAUCUCACAUCGCUCUUGAACCCCAUUAUGUACAGUGUUUUCAAGAAAGAUUUUUGUCAGGAGGUGGGCUGCGCUCGUUUCAUCUCAAGGGGGUGUUGUGUGCCGUACGACGGUAGCAGGUGCAGUGGGAGGAGGGAAGAGGUACAAUUACGCAGCAAUGUCGCGCAGAAUUUGCUGGAGCCUGGGAACCACGGUUUGAUCACGCAACUGAGCACGAUUUGAUGGAACAGCUGAGCUCCAUAUACAUUUAUAGUGCUGGAGCGAGAACGUACGCCGGAUGGAAGGAUAAAUGAUGGCAGGAUUCUGAUUUCUGAUGAACUUUAAUUAUUGAUAUGCGCCCGAAUGUUCGAAAUAAUAUACCUCCUAUUGAUCCAAGAAAGUCUUACUCAACUUGAUGUAACUUGUUGAUAAAUUUGAUUUUGUAAAAUUGCAUAGCGCAGGAUUAAGUUUUGAUCAAACCGGACAUGGAUUUCAAAGAUUUAAUAAGAAUGUAAUAUCGUUGAAAAUCACACAAGCGUCUCUUUCGUCACAUCACAACAAGUCCUUCAGCUAUUCUUAAAAGAAAUCCACGAUUUCACCGGAAAUAAAACGGAUGCACUUAUUUUGCCAGCAUAAAUGACUAGAAAAUAUAAGCACUUGGAGACGCAAGUGUUUACAAUAACAAAGAACUAUUUUUGCCUGUCAUUUCAAAAGACGUCAUUCCUUUAAUAAAAACAAAUGUUU